AUGACAAGCUACUUUUCUCGGAUGACCUCAUAUCAUCCGUAUCAUCCUGUCGAUAUUAACCUUUCUGGAAAGUUUGUCGAGAAUGAUUUCAGCCCAUAUACCCUCAUCAUUGCGUUUGCAACAACAUGGGCUUUGGUGCUCGGCGCAACCCUCUUCGCCGUGAGAAGAUUUUAUCCUAGACUCAGUAUAAAGGAUCAAGGCCUUUUCUUAUGGUUUAUUUUGACGGGGUCCAUUCACAUAUUCUUCGAAGGAUAUUUCGUCUAUAAUCAUGCUCGAAUGGCAAGCAUGACGGAUUUUUUCGGUCAACUUUGGAAGGAAUAUGCUUUGUCCGAUUCGAGAUAUAUGUCCUCCGAUACAUUUUUGUUGACGAUAGAGACAUGGACUGUUAUACUUUGGGGACCGCUUUCUUACCUCACAGCCGUAUUCAUCACCAAAAAUUCACAAUUCAGAUAUACAGUACAGGCACUUGUUUCGACAGGGGAACUCUAUGGGAAUCUAUUAUACCUUGUCACCAGUUUACUCGAUGAGUACAUCACUGGCAGACGGUAUUAUCGACCGGAACCAUUAUACUUUUGGGUAUAUUUCGUAUUGAUGAAUUCAAUAUGGCUAUUCGUUCCCGGAUUUGCCCUCUACGACAGUAUCAUGGCUUCCGCAAGGUCCUUUGAGUAUUCAGAUCCACCAAUCGGAGGAAAACGCAUUAGAAAAGCCAAAGAUGAAGGGAGCAAAAAGGAAAAAGAAUAUCGCACCAAAGUUCCUGCCUCUCAAGAAUCCGACACCAGGUCUAGAAGAGGUGGGAAGACUAAGUCAUACAACGACGACUUUUCGGGUUGA